AUGGUCCAAAAAAAGAACGUGGCUUCAACAUCCUCGGCGCCAGUUCAGCCCCCUCCCAAGUGGUUUGGGCCCAGUGAUCCUAUCAGCCAGGAUUUCCCCGAAGACAAUGACCUGAUCCUGACCAAAAAACUGACUGAAACCUUGCAAUCAUAUGACAUAUAUGAGAGCAAAGAGGAGCUUCAGAGGAGAGAAAGGAUUUUGAAAAGACUGGAGCUCCUCUAUAAGGAAUGGCUCCAAGAAAUGUGUGAUGAAAUGAAUGUGCCUGAAGUGGUGAAAGACAAAGUUGGAGGCAAGAUCUUACCAUUUGGCUCUUAUCAUCUGGGCGUGCACGGCAAAGGUGCUGAUAUUGACGCUCUCUGUGUUGGACCCGGAUUUCUUGAUAGAAAAGAGUUCUUCACCUCUUUCUUUGAGAAGCUUAAAGCCCAGGGGGAGGUCAAGGACAUACGGGCCAUUGAAGAGACAUAUGUUCCUGUCAUCAAACUGACCUAUGGAGGCAUUGAGAUUGACUUAGUCUUCGGCCGGCUGGCACAGAGGAGCGUUCCUGAAAAACUCAACCUUCUUGAUGACAAAUACGUGCAGGGCAUCGACAAGUACUGCAUGAGGAGUCUUAACGGCUACAGAGUUACAGAAGAGAUCCUGCAACAUGUCCCCAAUGUUCAUAACUUCAGGAUCGCUUUGAGAGCCAUCAAGCUUUGGGCCAAAAAGCGCAACAUUUACUCCAACUCGCUGGGCUUCUUGGGCGGUGUGUCGUGGGCUAUUUUGAUGGCCAGAAUUUGCCAGUCGUACCCAAAUGCCACAUCAGCCACUCUGGUGAUCAAGUUCUUCAAGGUCUACUCCAUGUGGAUUUGGCCCAUCCCGAUUCAUCUGCAUCGAGUCAAGAACCUCCUCGACCCCAAUAUUUGGAAUCCCAACUUGAAUCCAAGCGACCGCGGCCACCAGAUGCCCAUCAUCACCCCCGCGUACCCUCAGCAGAACACAUCGGUCAACACGUCUCGCUUCACCGUCGCUGUUAUGAUGGAGGAGAUCAAUAGAGGCCACGCUAUCGCUCAAGAAAUAGAGCAGAAUAAAGCCAACUGGUCCAAACUCUUUCAAACACAGGACUUUUUUGAGAAAUACCAGCACUACAUUGUCCUGGAAGCAUCGUAUAAGACAGAGAGGCAGCGUCUUGAGUGGGUCGGCCUGGUGGAGUCAAAAGUGCGAGUGCUGGUGCGACUGUUGGAGAGAAACAAGCAGAUCUCCAUGGCACACGUUUACACAAAGUGCUCGGAUGAACGCAGGAAGCUCAACACAAAAGACGAAAAGAGCAGAACGUGGCUUGUCGGACUUGAACUGAAAGAGGAGAUGUCUAUGUACCUCAAAGACCAGCUCUCCUGCAUCUUCCACAACUUCACUAAUAUUGUCCACAACCUGGCAGAGAAUUCUAAGAUACAUCAGGACGGUGCGUCCGUAUCGGCCGGGUACGUCUCGGGUGACGACCUUUUGUACACUCCAAAACCGAAGUCCACAUCGGAGAGUGUAACAGUGCCGCUGAGUUACACGCCGACUGUCAUCGCGGACAAACAAGGCAAGAAGAGAAGAGUCGAGUCUUGGUCUCAGACGCCUACCAAGAAACCCAAAGCUGACAAGCCACCGGUGUCGAGGAACUUGCUUUUCCAAUCGCCCACUCCCAGCACUUCUGCUUCACCCUUCCUGACUCCAAAGGCCACAAAGAGAGCUGCUUCUCCCCAACCGGAAAUGUCAACCAAGAAGCACAAAGCUGCUGAAAAACCGACUCACGACAAAAAACUUACCUGCUCUGACAAACCCACCGCAAGUGUCUCGCCCAGUCCGAGCCCGUCUCCCGGCGUCACCCCACAAGACACGAGGAAACCCGGCGCUCCUGCGCUUGAGACACAGACGAGGAAACCCACAUAUGACUCGACUCGCCCUGCCGCCGAGUUGCCUAACGUGCCUUCCCACAGCAACGCGUUAGUUCCAGAUGUGAAACGUGCCAUCAAACUGCACCUCAUCAGGCGCAGCUGA